AUCGACGGCAAGAUGAUGUCAGACAUACUAAGACAAGACGAUCUCUCUGACAAGCAUGAUGUUUUGGAUCCUGCCAUCGACCCUGAGACGCUUAAGACGCUGUAUGGAGAAAUGGCAGAAGUACUGCUGCAACUCUGGGGGCUCAAUCUCAGUAAGAUCGGCAGCAUCAAUGAAGACUGUUCGGGGAAGACAAUUGUUGAUGGGCGACCCUUAACUCGUGAACUGAACGAGUUGAUACGGACUAGUGGACUAAAGGACUGCACACCACCAAGGACUUAUGACACAUCCGUUGAUUACAUUACAUCUCUUCUGGCUUUGCAAUCAACUCACCUCGAGCAACAGCGUAACAAUGUGUACGACUCGCAAGACUGCAGGGAGAAAUACGCCUGUCGACAGUUGAUGAAGGCCAUCGCUCUGAACUUCAUCCCCCAGGACGACUGCGGCCCCUUCAAGCUGUUCUGCGACGAUCUCUGCCCUGGCAAUGUUCUUGUAGACGACUCACUGCGGAUUGUGGGUGUCUUGGACUGGGAGUUCACCUACGCGGCGCCUUGUCAAUUUGCGGCCAGCAUUCCGUGGUGGUUACUCCUACGCCGGCCUCAUUCAUUAGUCGACCAAGACGGACCUGAUGCCUUCUUCGAAUCCUUUCUCCCGAAGGCGAACAUAUUUUUGGAAGCACUGGCGGAGCGAGAGCGGACUCAGGGAUUCACCGAAUCCGACAAUAGUCUGUCCGUUCGGAUGCGCCGGUCCCUCGAAGACAGAUCUGCGUGGUUCACAUUAGCCUCGCAUAUGGGAGCCUCUGUGGAUCUUCUAUAUUGGGAUUUACUCGAUGAAUAUUGCUGGGGUCCGAGGUCAAGCAUAGCACACAGGGUUCAUGACGUAACCACAUCGCCGGAGAUGCACAAGCGACGGGAAGAGUUCGUGCGCGAGAAGAUCCGGCAGCUUCAGGAAAUACCACAAGGAGCUUGGGAGGGAUGAUGAGGUGGAAUAUGAGCCUGAGCCACCUUUCGAGCCAGUCGGUGAGGGUGAUCCAGCGCCACAGGCUCGGCAAACACAUUCUAAUGCAAACAGAGGGUUCCUGGAAGGGGUUCUUGCCGGAUUGGCUGUUGGAUUGGGCUUCACGAUCUUUGUAAAGUGGUGUACAGUUUCGUGGAACACUACCAUUCCCCGUUAGCUGCAAGGUGGACCAAUGUCACCUUUACAGAGGCUCUUGAUGGCUAGAGCGUGUGCUUGAUGGAAAAGCCUUCGAGCUGGGACUGGACCAUGCUAACCAGCCUCCAUAUCUUGGGAG